UUCUAAGACAUGUCGAAACCAAGGAUUUGUGUGAUUGGUGCCGGACCGUCCGGUUUGUCGACAUUGUUUCAUUUCGCUAAAAUGGAGAAGAUGCCGGAAAUUGUUUGUUACGAGAAACAGCGGACGUGGAUGGGUUUAUGGAACGUUUCUUGGAAAACAGGUCUGGACGAGAACGGAGAACCUAUUCAUACAAGUCAGUACCAUCAUAUGUGGUGUAAUGGUCCAUAUGAGUCACAUCAGUACCCAGAUUACCCGUUUGAGCAGCACUUUGGUCAGCAAACUCCGUCAUUUCCUCCUCGUGCCGCGAUGAGAGACUAUCUCGAAGGUCGUUUUACAAAGGCGGUUGCACAUGGACGAAACCUUAGAGACUAUAUACAUUUUAAUACUGCUGUCCGAUAUGUGAAGUACAAUGACGACAAAGAUGACUUUACCGUCAUUGUCAACGAUUAUAACACAAGCAAGACACUAGAAGAAACAUUUACUCAUGUUAUUGUGGCAUCCGGAAUCUACAGUUUUCCUAAUCUGCCUGAAUUUCCUGGAAUGGAACAGUUUAAAGGUCGUAUUUUACAUUCGCACGACUUUCGAAAUCCAAGGGAAUUUUCUGGACAAAGGGUGUUGUUGAUAGGAGCUGGAUAUACCGGCGAAGAUAUUCUUUUGCAAUGUUUGAAAUUUGGCGCGAAGCAUGUGAUUAUGGCAUAUAGAACAAGGCCAAAAGGAGACACCUGCAUUAUGCCAGAGGGUAUUGAGGAAAGACCAAUUGUUGAACGGUUUGAUUCGAAUAAAGCAUAUUUCAAAGAUGGGGCCUCUGCUGAAAUUGACUCUGUAAUAUUAACUACAGGGUACAGAAACUAUUUUCCUUUCCUGGAAGACAAAUUUAGAAUACCGGAGGAGACACACCCUUAUCCGGAAGGGCUGUACAAAGCAACAUUGUUUUAUAAGGAGGGAAACAAUCGUUUAUUUUAUAUAGGUACCCUUGAACAGUUCAACUCAUUUGCAUAUUUUGAAGUUAUGGCAAGCUGGACUUGCAGAUACAUUAUGGGUCAAUUGGAAGAUGAACCAAAGGAAAAGAAAGAGAUGCAAGCCAAUAGUCAACAAUGGAUUAAACGGGCAAAUGCCUGCACUUCCGAAUCACAAGUGCUUCAUUUCCAAACUGAAUUAAUAGCACACCUGGCUGAAUUAUCAGGAUACCAUAGUAAUAUUGAGAAAAAUGAAGAAGUUCUCAAUAAAUUGGUCAAAGACAGAAAGGAGUUUGGACUUGCAAAAUACAGGGAUCAAUGUUAUGCAAGCACACAUACUGAUGCAAUAGACCCGAAACAAAAUACUCCAUUUAUGCUAAACUAUGACGAUAGCAUUGAGGCAUUUUUGAAAUGCAAAUAGAACAAAUAACUAAAUAUGUGAUCAUAAUAUUCAAGCUUAUUUACUUCUCUUCUACAUAAUUUUGAAAUGAAAUAAUUUUGAAGGGAAAAAAACAUUGGGUCAAACUUUUAGUUAUUUUAUUAUACUCUUUAUGUAUUCGGAGCACGUAAGUAUAUACAUGCAUUUUCAGUGUCAAAUCCAUAUCGUGAUGUAGAAAUUUAAUUAUCACAUUAUAGUAGUGAAAGAAAGAGUACAAAGAUAUGCGAGAGAGAGAUUCAAACAACGCUGUUUGUCCCUUUAACAUUCACAAAAAAGGACCAACUGAAAGGCAAUGGACAGAACAGAACGGGACACGAUAUAAAGAGGCAAAUUACAGGAUACUAAUUCGUCCAAAGUUAACAGUUAUUGCAUCCGUUUGUCUUUAAACUCGUAUGAAAAUAUGGUUUACAUUAAAUCGUUCAAUCAAUUAAUGCGGAGGCGGUCGUGAAAACCCAUCUAGUAG